GGCCAAAUAAAGUCCAGCCAUCCAUUCGAAAGUUACCGCAGCCUUUGGGAAAGUUUCCUAGCGGGCCAGAUCGCUCCUCGGGCUCUUCCUCGUCCUUCCUUCCCGUCCCACGUUUUCCCUGAAGCGAAACGAAAGGACCACCGAACCGAAUCAGGCAAUCAACGAGAGAGAGAGAGAGAGAGAGAGAGAUUCCGACUCCCUGCUGUAGCGCCCCGGGAAAGAAAGAAGGAUGGAAUCGGAGGAGGGAUUGGUGCUGCGGCGGCUGCAGGAAUUGCAGAAGCAGUUGGGGAAGAAGCAGCAGUUCGAAGAAUCCGUCUCCUCCAUCAGAUCGAUCCUGCAGCGGUGCUACCCUUCCGCCUCGCCUUCGCUCCGCCAAUCGAUUUAUUCUGUAGUAUGUCGAGUCGCAACAACCUUGAAGACGAGACACACAGCCCCUGGGUUUUGGCUCGCUGGAUUAGGGCUCUUUGAGGAGGCUGAAAGCUUGGUGUCUAGUCCUUCCGAGAAGGAACAUUUGAAGAGUUUUAUCGCUCAAGCACAAGAACAGCUGCAUAUUACAGAUGAUCCCACUCCAGAAUCCCCACAAUCUAAUGCAAGUAGAGGUUAUUUGUUUGAAGGGCAUCUUACUGUGGAUCCAGAGCCUCCUCCACCCCACUGGCUCGUGCAGUCAGACCUCUUGAACAAUAUUACUUUGCUUGCUGUGGCUGAAUCCUCUCAUCAAAUGGAGGGUACCCAUUUGUCUGAAACAGCUGUGAAUUUGAUUCAGGAUUUGAUGGAGAACCUUGAUACGACGUUGCCCGAGAUCUUGGAUAACAUUCCCGUAGCUCCAAGAGCCCCACCUGCCAGUAAAGAAGUUGUCGCGAAGCUUCCAGUGAUUACUCUGUCAGAAGAGAUUCUAGCUAAAAUGGGACAUGAUGCAGAAUGUGCAAUUUGUAGAGAGAACUUGGUCAUGAAUGACGAGAUGCAAGAGUUGCCGUGCAAGCACACAUUUCACCCUCCUUGUCUAAAGCCUUGGCUGGAUGAACACAAUUCUUGUCCGAUAUGUCGGCAUGAGCUGCAGACUGAUGAUCAUGCUUAUGAGAGCUGGAAGGAGCGCGAAAAGGAGGCUGAAGAAGAGAGAAAAGGUGCUGCAAAUGCCAUUCGAGGAGGUGAAUACAUGUAUGUAUAGUAAUCGCUGACUCAUCGCACCAUGUAGCUCAACCUUGUGCUGGCUUUGGUUACAACUGUUGUGGGCACUUCCUUGUUUAGUCUUUCUUUUGAUGAGGAGGUCCUUCUUUUGCAUUCUGGCCCAAAUGAUUGCGUCUCAAGAAGAAUGCAGGCCAUAUUUGGGUCCUCGAUCAAGAGAUGUCAGUUGAUGGUAUUGAAUUAUAUGCAGUAAAAAUAAGCAGUCUCGAGUGGAAAGUGUUUCUUCCUAUAGUUUUUACUGUUCUUGUUCUGGCAUGGCCAAUUUUUAAGGAACAUCCUAGGAAACCCAUUCCCUGACUA